GCAGCGGCGGUGAUGCGCGAGAUCAGCGAGCGCAUCUCCGAGAGCCGGUAAGUACGUCUUCGACGUGAGCCAGUGUGUACGUCUCUGAUGACUAUUCCGCGCUCACCGGGGCGAAGGUAUGUGUACUUCGUGCAGAUGACGGUGGCGUGGGAUGGGGUGGGGGACAAAUGAUCAUUGCGUGAGAGGGAGGGAAAGGGAGGGAAUGAGGGGAGGGGGAGGGCAGGGGGCAAGAGGAGGGGAGGGGGAGGGGAGAGAAGAGGGAAGGGAGGUGGGGGGGAGUGGGAAAGGUAGGGAGGCGGGUGAGGCGACGAAGCGCCGGGGGAACGAGCGCGCGCAAGGGACGGGAGGGACGGGAGGUAAGGAGAAGCGUGCAAGAUCUAGUCGAGCUAAGGGGUCAACGGUCUUGUUCAUCGCUUCGAGGGACCAACCAUCUUUGGUACCUCUCGUAGACGCGAGACGGGGAGCAACAAUCUCGCGCCCACCAUCGACGUUCCUCCCCUCCCUCGACGCUCCCCUCAUCCUCGACGCUCCCCUUCCUCCCCUCUUCAAGACUCGCUCACUAUCUCCCCUCAUCAAGGCUCACACACUCCCCCCCUCCCUCGCCUCCCUCCCCGGCGCCAAUCUGAAAGUCACCCCAACCCAAACAGCCUCCGCCUAAUCCAAGCGACGUCGGGGGAGAUGCGAGGGGCGCCCUUCGCUAGGAGACGCGCGAUACGCCCUGCGCUUGGAGAGGCCGGAGUGGCGAGCAGAACGCUUGAGAGGGGGGAAGGCGAACUGUGAGCGUCAGAUGAGAUGUGGGACAACCGCCAGAUUGGGGUGGGGAAGGGGGAGGGUGUGAGAAUGCUCGGUGAUGCCUUCUACCCUCCCUUCGCCGUCGACGUUCCCUUGCCGCUCAUCCUCCACCC